AGUCCAUAGCUGCGCCGCGCGGUGCAUUCUGGUAGUAGUUGAAAGAUUCAAGAUGGCGGCGAGCAGGAGACUACACAAGGAGCUUGAAGAAAUCCGCAAAUCUGGGAUGAAAAACUUCCGUAACAUUCAAGUUGAUGAAUCAAACAUAUUGACAUGGCAAGGCCUCAUUGUUCCAGACAACCCUCCAUACGACAAAGGGGCGUUCAGGAUCGAGAUUAUCUUCCCUGCAGAAUACCCUUUCAAGCCACCCAAGAUCACGUUCAAAACGAAGAUCUACCACCCCAACAUUGACGAGAAGGGACAGGUCUGCCUGCCUGUCAUUAGUGCAGAGAACUGGAAACCAGCCACCAAAACUGAUCAAGGUGAGACGCGCUGCAGUUGUUGCAAUAUGCCUGAAACCGCCACAUGAGUCAGACUGCUAAAG